AUGACUCUGAUGCCUCCUAGAACAAGUCAAAACCCGACUUUUAUUCGCGAUUCCGAUAUUGGACUUUCGUCAACAACAAUAUCGGAGUCUCUUCGAACUUUUGAAGACAAACCUUUAGUUUCGCUUGAAGAAGCUGUUGAACCACUAAAGUUUGUGGUUGAAGAAGUGAACAACAUGAUUAUGAAUGUCAAAGCAAUAUGUUAUUCUCCGGCAAAUGGUCUUUCUAUCGAUGAAUCGGCUUCAAUUAUGUUAUACACGUUAGAUUGGACACCGAAAGAAAAAUCUUUCUAUUUCAUUUUAAACCAAACUCUUCGUUCUCAAACUGCAAAUUAUCAACUCUGGUAUCCUUAUCUUCGACUUUUUACUUCAUCUCUUGGAAAACUUCCACCUUUAAACAAUCUAACGAUAUAUCGAGGUAUUAAAGCGAAUGUUGGUAACGAAUAUCCAGUGCGAAAACGAUUCUAUUGUUCGACGUUUUUAUCGUGCUCAUCACAUAUUAACAUUAUUCAAGACUUUCUCGGUCAAACAGGACCUCGAACUCUAUUCACUAUCGAAUGUUAUAGUGGAAAAGAUAUUAGUCAACAUUCUUAUUUCAAUACAGAAAAGGAAAUUUUAAUUCCCAUUGAUAAAUAUUUCGAAGUUAUUAAUAAUGUCAAACAAGGAAAUGAAUUUCAUCUAAUUCAAUUAAAAGAAAUUGAACCUCCUCCAAUUAUGUCACUUCACAAUCGACAAUUAAUAGAUCGAAUUCGAAAUUGUUCAUUUCGUGUCGCAAUUGAUUUAAAAGAACAACAAUUAACUCUUGAAGAUAUGAAUAUUGUUGUCAACGAAGCCAUUAUCAAUAAACAAUGUACAGAACUUAAUUUACAAAAGAAUGCUAUUACAUCAGAAAGCAUUGUAAUUAUAGUUUCGGCAUUAGAAACUAAUUCUACAUUACAAAAACUUUGGCUCGAUAAUAAUUGUUUAUCUGAUAUGGGUGUUCAUUGUUUGGCAACGAUACUUUCAGUUAAUAAAUCGAUUUUGACAACUCUUGGUCUAAAUUCGAAUGGAAUUACAGAUGAAGGUGCAAAGAUUCUCGCCAAAAUGCUAAAAACAAACAAAACAUUAACUUAUCUUCGAUUAACUCAUAAUCAAAUUAGUAAUCAAGGAAUUCAAUUAUUAGCUGAUACUCUCACUCAUCAUAAUAAUACAUUGACACAAUUUGAUAUUUCGUCGAAUAAAUUAGUGAAUGAUUCAAGUAUUGAUUAUCUCAUUCAAAUGAUUAUACAUAAUCGAACAUUGUCAUCAUUGACCAUCUUAGAUUGUAGUCUAUCUGAAAAUGGUAAACAGAAAUUUCGAACAAUGGGACAAUCAAAAUACGGUUUCAAACUUUGUCUCUAA